AUGGCAAGUUCAACCUCGAAAGCUGACAUUCGGGACGACGUGCCCCCCUCGAAAGAACAGGAUAACGAAGAUGCAGAAAUCUCACCCGAGCCGCAAGAGUCCGAGCAGAGUGGCAUUGAAGGCACUGAGGAGACUGGCGAUGGUAAUUCUGGGUCGACAACGGUGACCAUGGAGGAUAGGAAAGCGAGGCUUGACAAGCUACGGGCUAAAAUGCGUACAUCCACGAAAGCCAACCGGCAAUCACUCAUUGAGGAGUCUGCAAGAGCGAAGUUAACAGUUCGUGAUAUGGCACGCCUAGAACGCCAGAAAAAGCUUGCAGAGAUGCUCCGGACACAAGCAGAAGCAGAGGGACGGGGGGAGGAUAUCGAGCGAUCAAAGAAUUGGGAGUGGACAAUAGAGGAAAACGAAAAGUGGGAGAAAAAGUUGGCCAGAAAAGCUCGGAGAGCGGAUUUCGAGUUUCACGGUGCGUCUCUUGUAGGUUAUUUCAAGCAACUAACGGAUGACGCGCAUGCUGCACACCGACGGUAUAAGAAAGACUUGGACUUUAUCAAACCCAACCUGGAAGCAUACAACAAACAGAGGGAGCAGGCCUUGGGCUUGACCGCCGGGGUUCUAUCGGAGUCGGGCAGUUCCACACCUUCCGGUUCAUCAAAUGCACUAACGACGUUCGACCCAAGUGGUGGCCGGAUGGUUCCAACAACCGAACAGCGCAUGGCUGUGGACGCCUUCUAUAGAGAUGCCAACACGCUACUCUACGGUGAUAACAAGCCUUCUGAGGAGGCUGUCGACCGGCUAAUCAGCAAGCUCAACCACGAUGUCGAUAAGAAGGCCAAGUUUUCGCGCAAGAGGCACAACGAAGAUGAGGGCGACAUCACGUAUAUCAACGAGCGGAAUCGUGUAUUCAACAAAAAGAUCGCGAGAUACUACGACAAAUACACUGCCGAGAUUCGUGCCAGCUUCGAGCGUGGAACUGCAUUAUAG